ACAAGCUCUAAUCGGUGCGUCUAUUUAAAUAGUUUAGUUUGAAAAGAACCUGUGUUAGUUUUGAUUUUGUGUUCCUUGAAGGUAGUGGGAUUUUAUCAUUGAUGGAAAUCCUACUUUUAGCCGUAGGGGUAACCCUGGUGAUAGCCCAGGACCCUUGUCUACCCGCCUACCACAAAUUGAUCAGUGAGCCCCACAGGAGCAUCCAGUUCCAACCGGAACCAACGGAUAAACUCCAAUGUGACAACGGAUUACCAUCCGGAUGGUACGUGUUCGACAAUAAUGACGAGAUGCCGACGUCAUGCGUGACCCAGUUUCACUGUGGGACCCACUACCCACUGUGGAUGCAAGGCGCAAACCCCUCCAAGGCCGAUGGUAUUGUUCGGAGAAAGGCGUGUUCCAAUAUCCAUGGCAGCGCAAGCCAAACUUGCUGCGACUUUUCACUAGACAUUCAGGUGAAGAACUGUGGCACUUUUUACGUCUAUUACCUUCAAACUGUUCCGGGGUGUGCCAUGGCCUACUGCGCAGGAAACAAAAAAGUUUGCAACGUAGGAGGUCAAAUAGCUGUAGGUGGAAAUUGUCCUGACCUCUACCCAAAGUUGACAAGUAUGCCGGUUUUGCAAAAGCCAGAGGUUACUCCAACCAAGGAAGUUCGAUUUCCGUGUAGAAUCGACUACCCUAUUGGCCAACCCGAUGUUGCAUUCACUGUCACGUGGACAGUGGAUGGCCAUGAACUUCUCGAUCCAACAACAAAGACCCCUGUAAAAACGGUCUUGGUUGGGGACUCCAGAAUUGCGUAUUUAGACGCCAUGAAGCUUAAAUAUAACCUUGGGAAAGAGCUUAAGUGCAAUGUAUCCUCAUACCAUCCAUCAAAAGGUCCAGGCAUUAGCAGUGACACUCUAAGCAGUAAUGGUUACUGGUGUGGAAUUAAGGUAUCACAAGACAGAAUAAACGUGGAUGAAGGAGGCCCGGAGAAGACGGUGAAAGUCGAGUCCACCAUACCCAUUCCUUGUACUAGUAUUUUUCAAGACAGCUGUAAAUUGACUGUGGUCCUAAAAGGGCUUAGACAUCCGACGGAUGCCGUUAUGUCCGGUUGUCACCUUGACCUGAAAUUGGACAACGUAACCGGUAUGUAUUCAACCUAUCUGAAGAUCAAAGCAACAAGGGAUUUUAUCAAAGACAACAACCAAGUACAUCAACUAGGAUUUCAACCUUUGCCCGGUUUUCCACACGCCAUGUGGGAGAAUUACACAAUGACACCAAUAACAAUUGGAACAACGGAUAAAGAACACGGCAGUUGUAAUCCAUGGGGAGACCCUCACUUCAGAGGCUUCGAUUUAAAAAAAAAUUACAACGUCUACGAAAUAGGAGAUUUUACUCUUUACAAGUCUCAAAACCAAAAGAGACCAUUUGAGGUUCAAGUACGUACGUGGCCAUGUGGAAGCCUUCACCCGUGUAUCUGUGCAGUCAUUGCACGGGAAGGAAAUGACGUAGUGGAGGUUGACCAGUGCGAAAAAAGAGCUGGCGUUGUAGAGGCUCCUUCAGUUUCGUUUCCAACAGGGCAUCCUCUGGAGGGAACUACUGUUAGCCGGGAUAACAAAACUGGGAAAAUAUUUAGCAUUAACUUUCCAUCUGGAACUCGAAUUCAAGUAAAGACCGGAAUAUCAAAGGGACGCCAUGGAAAAGAGCACCUUCCAUACAUGAAUGUGGAUGUCCAAGCCCCACCCGAUGACCAUAACGCAGCAGAGGGACUGUGUGGAAACUGGAAUGGGGCAGAGGUGGAUGCUCUCAGGGGCGGGGAUGGCCACCUUUACACUCCGACCACCGUGACCGAAUUCACCAAGAGUUGGCAACUUCCAUCGGGCACUAGUAUGUUUUACCAACUGCCGAAGUAUGAACAACAUUUAGCGCCAAAAUUCGAGUAUUGUUCGUGUAACCAGGGUCCAGUUGAGUGCACAAAAGCUGGAAACGGCGCCCUUAAUCCGAGCAAACAAUCAGACGGCACUCCUAUAAGUGACAAGAAUAAGCCACACAGAAGAUCUGCUCGAUCCUACUCCGACCAUUACCCUGAUCAACAUCUCUCCUUCGACCCAAAGAUGAUCGCAAGAAGGCUUAAAAGAAACGUGGGUGCUACCUUCCCAACUCCAAGUGGAAUUACAGAAAGUCGGGCAAGGGACUACUGCAGACAUACGUUCAUGUCGGCAUCUCUUUACAGCAAAUGUCAACAUUCCAACAUACUGGCUGAGAUCAUUGAUGGGUGUGUCGAAGAUAUCAAGUACUCAGAUUCAGUCGACGCGUUCAAACUGUCUGCUAUGAAUGCAUAUGACAGUAUAUGUUAUAAUGAGUUGGCUCAGGACCCUAAGAACAUUCACUAUGUCAACGGUGUACCUGUGGUGAGCUCCUCGGUAUCCGGUUGUCCAAACCAGUGCUCUCUAACCGGAAAUUGCGUCAGCGGCGUAUGUCAUUGUCACCAUGGAUACACCUCUGGAGAUUGUUCCGUUCAAAUUGGAGUUGCACCCAAGAUAUAUCGUUUAAGAGGAGACGGUCUCUGUGACAUCAGAACUAGGCCGUGCAGACAAGCUAACGUCAUCGUUGACAACAUCGUAGAAUCGGACACUCUAUCUUGUAGAAUCACGCCAGUUGAUCUGUCAAAUGGCCAACCAGUAGAGUCAGGGCCAGCGGUAAAAACUAAAGGGGAAUUUCUUAGCUUUUUAGAGGUGCAAUGCCCAAUUCCCGAAAGCAAUGUAAUGAAAGGUCUAAGUGCCAAGGGUUUUAAAAUCUCUAUAACAUCAGAUGGUCAACUUUACAGCCAGGAGGCGUUGUUCAUUGUGGCUGAUGGAUACUGUACCAAGUGUACGGCUGCCGGAGUCUGUACUCACAAUCCCGAUAGCUGUUUCAUUGACGGCAUGUGUUACCGGAAUGGCGACCAGGACAGCAAAGGUCAGGUGUGCGAUCCUUCUGUCUCCACUGUUGAUUGGACGUACAGCAAGACCGUGCAAGAGAUAGACCAUUACACCGCAACUUUCACGGGAUGUCGAUGUCCGUACAACACUAAUCUCUUCGACUGCGCAUGUUGUCAAAAUGGCGGAUGUCAGUGCGGGGAGAUUCAGGCCAAUCAAUGUACAAAUUGUAACAACAAGGCGCUGUGUGGCUCUAAUCCGGGUCUCUUCCCACCGCCAACUCAGUAGUCGCGCGAUCACUAAAACAGUACAAUAAUUAGGAAAAAGUUCCAGAUAACUGCUCAUUAGAAGAAUAAAAAAUGAAAAUUUACCCGUCCCAUUUUAUUUUCUUAUGAAUAUUUGAAUAAAUUAGUCAAUUAUUA